GCAUCCUGUUCUAUUUAUAGCAGAACAGCUGAAAUGUGAGGGGUCACAAUAGGAGGAUAAAUACACGGGUCAGCAGUCUGCAGGGGUGUCGCAGACGAAAGCCAGAUCUCCGUCCCUCUCACAGCUCUCCUCUGAACUCAAAGAGCCAAGAUGCCUCAUGCAUAUCCCUUCCUGACUCCUGAGCAGAAGAAGGAGCUCAGUGAUAUUGCCCAGAGGAUCGUUGCUACCGGCAAGGGAAUCCUUGCUGCCGAUGAGUCCACUGGCAGUGUAGCCAAGCGCUUCCAGAGCAUCAAUGCUGAGAACACGGAGGAGAACAGGAGGUUGUACCGCCAGCUUCUCUUCACCGCUGAUGACCGCGUCAAGCCCUGCAUCGGUGGAGUGAUUCUCUUCCAUGAGACCAUGUACCAAAAGACUGAUGAUGGCAAACUCUUCACCCAGUUCUUGAAGGACAGAGGCAUGGUGGUAGGAAUCAAGGUCGACAAAGGUGUUGUUCCUCUGGCUGGAACCAAUGGCGAGACCACCACACAGGGCCUUGAUGGACUUUAUGAACGUUGUGCCCAGUACAAGAAGGACGGUGCUGACUUUGCCAAAUGGCGCUGUGUUCUGAAGAUCACUCCAACAACUCCCUCAAGACUGGCCAUCAUCGAGAAUGCCAACGUUCUAGCUCGCUAUGCUAGCAUCUGCCAGAUGCACGGCAUUGUGCCCAUUGUUGAGCCUGAGAUUCUUCCUGACGGUGACCAUGACCUGAAGCGUUGCCAGUAUGUCACUGAGAAGGUCCUAGCUGCUGUCUACAAGGCCUUGUCUGAUCACCAUGUCUACCUGGAAGGUACCCUGCUCAAGCCCAACAUGGUUACUGCUGGACACUCCUGCUCACACAAGUACAGCAGCCAGGAAAUCGCCAUGGCAACUGUCACUGCCCUGCGCCGCACUGUGCCCCCUGCUGUUCCCGGCAUCACCUUCCUGUCUGGUGGCCAGAGUGAGGAGGAAGCCUCUGUCAACCUGAACUCCAUGAACCAGUGCCCUUUGCACAGGCCCUGGGCCCUGACCUUCUCAUAUGGCCGAGCCCUCCAGGCCUCUGCUCUUAAAGCCUGGGGUGGCAAGAAAGAAAACGGAAAAGCAUGCCAGGAGGAGUUCAUCAAGAGAGCACUGGCUAACAACCAGGCCUGCCAGGGUAAAUAUGUUUCCUCUGGAGCCAGUGCUGCUGGUGGAGAGUCUCUGUUUGUUGAAAACCACGCCUAUUGAGCACAGACAACCAUAUUUCCUUCACUUGCUUCCUUCAAAUAUGAUCAGCAUGGAACAUGUCAUCUUUGCCACAGUCUCUAUAAUCAUCACGCUGCAACUGAAAAAUGACAUGUUGACAAAAUGUCCACAGGAGCUAAAGCUGUGUCUUUCUUUUGGGCUAUUGCUUGGAUUAGGAGACUCUGGAAAAAUGUUCUGCCUCCAUUCCCAUACCCUUUUGGUAAACACGUUUGGGUGAAGAGUCCCGCAAUGUUUUUACACAAUUUGUACUAUUCUUUUCUCGGUCGACUUUCAUCAAGUGUAGUAUGCAAUUUAUACUAAUACUAUGAAAUAAAGCCUUUACCCUCA